AUGAGAGGUAUUUGUUUAUUUGGUGAUAAGACUUUAAUUGCAUUAUAUGAUACUAGAGCAUCACAUUCGUUUAUCUCGUUUGCUAAAGUUGAGGAACUAGGUUUGAAAGUGUCAGAGUUAGCAUUUGAUCUGCAUGUACAUACUCUGCAUCAGAUGGUUAUGACUAGGUCAGGGUGUAGGCAAGUAGGUUUCAAGCUUGAGGGUAGAGACUUUGUGCAUGACUUGAUCUGUUUGCCAAUGAUUGGAUUGGAGAUGAUUUUGGGGUUUGAUUUGUUGUCGAAAAAUCGAGUUUUGUUGGAUUGCUUUGAGCGGUCAAUUCGAUUUAUGCCGGAAGGAGAAAAUGGAGCAGUGGUAGCUGCGGGGUAUUACCUGAACUCUGUGAUGGUGCACUGUAGUGGAGAAGAGUGUCCAGGUUAUAUUCUGUUGGCUGCGAACAGGUUGAGUGAUAAUCAGGAACUAGAUCAAAUUCCGGUAGUUAGAGACUUUCCAGAGGUAUUCCCGGAAGAUAUUCCUGAAUUACCACCUCAAAUGGAGAUUGAAUUUGCGAUUGAAUUGGUGCCGGUAGGGGUGUUCGCGAUGCGGUUUGGUUCGACAGGAAUCCUAAUGGCCACUCGUGGACGAGGUCGAUCCCGUUCACGAGAAAGUAGGAAUGCGCAACCGGCUGACAACCAUGCCGAAUUCAUGGCAACUAUGGCCUAA